GUCUCUUUUAUGCUCCUUUUAAAGCAUGAGCACCUUCCUGCUUUUCCACAAAAGCGAAUAAAUAUCUCAUGUGACGGCAUUCUUCUUUCUUGUCAUUCAUUACCAUUAAAUUAUCGUCAAGUGCUUUUGUGGGUAUAUAGUUCUUUCUAUGCUCAUCCCUCUUUGGUUAGCGUUAGUUAUCGUCUGGUAACAAUAUCUCGUUUUCUUUUAAGUUCCUUUUGUUUCUAAAUUUCCGACAAUAUCAAGCCUUCUAGGUAUAUUUCCUUGAAAAUACAAAUGGAAGGAUACCCUAAACCGAAUAAGGUGAUGAUCAAAGAAGCUUGUGAGGAGACAAGGCUUGAACUAAGGCUAUGUCCUCCAGGAGAUGGCCUUUACUCCAUUGGUACAACUCAUCCCACUAACAGUUCAUCAAACACACUCAUGUUUAAAAGCUCGAGUAAAAGGGUUGCACAGCCCCCAGCAGUUGUAGGAUGGCCACCGGUGAGAUCAUCAAGAAAGAACAUUAUGACAUCUAGCUACUCCAACAAGGUAUCAUCUGUGGAUGAAAAAGUUCCUAUAGAUAGAAGUGGUGGCAAGAAACUUAGUUCAGAUAAUGAAACUAGUUUAUAUGUGAAGAUUAAUAUGGAUGGAGUUGUGAUCGGAAGAAAGGUUGACCUGAAAGCGUAUGAUAAUUAUCAAAGUCUCUCCUCAGCUGUUGAUGAACUCUUCAGAGGACACUUGGCAGCUCGAGGAGAUGCUUCUUCCCGUAUAACGAAUAAGCAAAAAGACGCAACAACAGUAGGAUUGUUGGAAGGAAACGGAGAGUUCACCCUAGUGUACGAGGAUAAUGAAGGAGAUAGAAUUCUUGUUGGCGAUGUUCCUUGGGACAUGUUUAUAUGUUCGGCAAAGAGGCUUCGUGUGUUGAAAACAUGUGAAUUGUCUGCUUUCCAUCUAUAGAAGGAUAGAUCACAAGUAAUCAACAAAACAUCAAUCUAUUAAUAUAUUAUUCGGUUUUGUCAGAUUAAAAAUUGUUAAAAAAUGGUUUAUAUAGUAAAAGUUCUCAUUUUUGUCGAAAAAUUGAAACAAAAUAGUGCUAGUUAAUGUAUUAAUGUGUAUUCGAGUUGUUGAUAUUUGCUCUUAUUUAGUUGCAUGUAAAUGGGAGGGGAUAUCAAGUCUUAAAAUGAAAUUUUUUGUUUAAACUUA